UGUACUUCUCACAUUGCAGUUAGCAUUUCUCCCUCUCCAAGCAAAUAUUAGAGGCGUGGAGCCUCCACACAUGUGACUGUGUGUAGGGACAGUCUCACACACACACACACAGCACCGUCCUUCAGACAACAACCAUGCAGGGUCUCCCAGGUUCUACCAACAAUACCGGUACACAAUGAGGGAGUCUUUCCCAAACCCUCGUCUGGUGAAAGCACAGAGAGAGACUGCUGAUAAAAGCUCCAGCUACAACUUUUAAAGUUUACAGCCCGGAGUGCGUGUGACGUCAGCUUCUGAAGCCGGGCCAGCUUGCGUGUUCUGCUGACAACAACAGACUUCUGCGUGCGUGUGGAUCGGUCUCACUUCCACGGAAACACUACCAGGUGACGACACGACAUUGCCGCGGUCCGCUUCCUGUCUGAACCCGGGCUGAUACAGCGCGCGAGUGCCGCUGAGAACAUGUCGGACUCGACGUCGGGAAUACUGGACUUCCCUGUGGUCCCAGUCAUCUGUUCUCUGUUACUCGGGAUCCCUCUAUUAGUCUGGUUCUUUCGACGGGACUCAGGAGAGAGCAAGAAAGGUCCAAUUCGCGUUGUUAGAGAGGAAGAGAGCGUCGAGAAAAAACAACAUGAUAGCACACAAACAGACGGUGUGUCGCUGGGCAAACAAGAAAACGUGUCCGGUUCGGAGAGUUGUGAUCACACAAGCUCUGUAGAAAGUCGGAGAACAGAGCAGCCAGAAACGUGUGGGACAGUCGACUCAACCACAGACAGCGAAGACGACGGAGAAUUGUCGGAAAGUGAGCAGACCAUUAUUCCGAGAACAACGACAAAGGGGACAAUACCUGAGCAGAAGAAAGUCUCCUCGCCCUCCUCGUGCCGGCUGAAGCUGGUGCCAGUGAGCAGUGUGUGGAGGCUGGCUCGCAGCGCUAUUAUCUCUUUGCGACUCGGGUCCUGGCUCAAGUCUCUGGAAGACGACCUGCUGAACGACGAUGACUUCUGUGAGUUCGAAGAUGAGGACGACGAAGAAGAGGAGAGGGAUGAAGAGGAGGCCAAGUUCAUUGACGACGUGGAUUCUCCUCCUUUGCGACACAAUGGUUACAUUGAGGACAGACUGGAAGACUUCUCUGAUCACAGUAAGACGAGGGCUCCGACGAGAGCUCCCCCUAGCGUCAAGCUAAGGACGAAGCAGUCGGGAUCAAACCUGCUGGACGCUGUUGUUCUGGACAACGGAUCGUACAGCAUCAAGGCUGGCAUCGCCGGUGACUUCUCUCCUGCAGCCAACAUCAGGAAUGUGAUCGGCAAAAGGAGAGGAAACUACAACGAGUUGUACACGAGUGAGGACGAUAAGUACAUAGGAGAUGAAGCCAUUGCCAGCCAGGGGCGCCUUACGUUUGACUUCCCCAUGCAAGAUGGAAGCGUUAAGAACUGGCGGGACCUGGAGGCGGUAUGGGAUUACGUGACCCGUUCGGAGAUGGGGGAGACUCUGGGUGACCGACCGGUCAUCGUUACCGAGACUAUGGCGAUGCCGAGGCAACAGAGGGAGAGACAUCUACAGGUUCUGUUCGAGACGUUUGACGUGCCGGCAGUUUUCCUGGUGCAGCAGGCGGCCAUGGCUCUUCAUGCCCAGGGCAAAUCCACAGGACUGGUGGUCAGCAGUGGCCACGGCGUCACCGAGGUGGUGCCAGUGUACGAGGGGCACUGCAUAGAGCAUGCGUCAAGAAAGUUGUUAUACUCCGGGAAACACGUGACUGCCCAGCUGGGGCGGCUGCUACAGUUUGAGCGAGGCUACACCUUCACAUCCUCCUCCGAGUUGGAAAUCCUCCGGAAGAUCAAACAAAACAUGGCCUUCGUUGCCACCGACUACGACACUGAAAUCAGAGAGAACGAGGCCCUCCGGUCGGAGCCGACGGAGUUCACGAUGCCCGACGGGAACCCGAUCUCCAUUGGGAACGAGCGGUUCAAGUGUACGGAGCCUCUGUUCCGUCCGGAGGAGGCGGGGGUUCACGAACAAGGGCUGCACGAACUCAUCCUACAGGCGAUUGAUAGCUGUGACACGGACCUGCGGCCCGAGCUGCGGAACAACAUCCUGGUGUACGGCGGGAACACCAAGCUGCGCGGCUUCGUGCCGAGGCUACGGUCGGAGCUGAAGGGCUGCAGUGGCGGGGAGACGUUCCACCUGGACGCGCCCUCAGACCGGGAGAACCUGGCCUGGAUCGGUGCGUCCAUCUUGGGCGCCGAUUCCGGCUUCUCCGACAGUUGGAUAACUAUGGAGGAGUACGCCGAGCAUGGCGGGAAAGUCGUCCAUCGGAAGUGCUUCUAAACCAAAGCCAAUCACUACAUAUAUGAGGUGGAUAGUUCUCAAGCCAACCGGCGUCUUUGCAUUGCAAUUAUCCCUCAUUGCCGAUGCUGAAUCGCAAUUCUAGUUUCACUGUGGAUAGACAAAUAAACAAACAAACAAAUAAAUAAACAAACACGAUUCUUCAGGAGUUGAACUCAGACUGUUAACUGUUGUGCGGGUCCAGUGAAGCCAAUGAGGGAUGUGGACCAUUGCUGUAUCCACUCAACGAAAGGCAACCAUUGAAAACUAACAUUGUACACUCGCAUUCACUCUUUGCAAACUGAAGUUCACAACUAUUGCAACGCUGUUUUCGGUAAUUCUACGAACAGUUAGCGACACCAAAGCCCCUCAUUGCUUGCUGCUACGACAGUAGUUCUUAGUUGAGGGCAGUCAAAAUACGGAUUUUUACGAAGUUAUACGAACGUAUUGAAUAUGAGCUUUGACACGUGUAUAAAAAGUUUGUUUGGACGUCAGAGAAAAGAUGAACUGUACAUUUUGUCCAAGUGGAAACUGGCGAUACGAUAUUAUUUCUUUGUUAAGUCGACAUCGAGCUAGUUCAUAUUGUGUAAACCAUAUCAUUUAGUGCCAAAACGUGGAAUUUUUUUGUCUUGUUAGAUUAUUACCUUUUUAUAAAGAGCGGUAAAAGACAAGACCUAAUGCAAAACGUGUUAUGCUUCUUUUAUUUGCCAAAAUGUUUCUUUAUCUUGAUGGCUGUGCCAAUGGAAUGUAGCUAGAUACAAAAUGUAGCAAGAAAUAUGAAAUUCAAGUGUUUGUAUUAUGUAUGAUGGUCUUAUUGAUUGUUUUAGCUAUACAUGAGGCAUAUAUGACGGAAGCAUUGACAACUUGUAGUAAUGAAAAGAGAUCGGUGUGAAACUGGCUUCUUUUGUAAAUGAAGGUAUAAUGUGAACGUCACCUGUGUCAUAGGGAUAGGUAAUAGUUGGAUCACACACGUCCAACAUAAAUGAAAUCACAUGAUGAAAUAAAACUGAAUCCUUA